AUGACGCAGGCCGAGAUGUGGAUCGCGUCGCGGAAGACCAGCCCGCGACGCGCCGCCAAGUCUCUGCCCGCGCCCGCGGGCGGCGCGGCGCGGCGGAGCCUGCCUAGCAAAAAACAUACUCCGCUGCGACUGACCGUGCUGCGGCAGGCACAGAGCGCGCACAAGCGACAAGUCACCAAGAUACAGGCGCCCACGCAGAUUGACCACACGAAGCAAGCGGCCAUCAUGCUGAUGACGGGGCACACGGCCAAGGGCCCGAGCCCGCGCGGUAACAAGACCACGCCGUCCUUCGUGGCCAAGAAGCGCAGCCCCGCCGCCCGCGCGUCUCGCACUCCCCGCCGAAGCCCUAAGGCCCCGCCCACUAGGACCAGCAAGAGAGGAUCCGCUAGCGGCUCCGUAUCGAUCCUGGAGAUCAGCGACUCGACUCAGUGCACCACUCGCUCGGGCUCGCCGCUGCUGCCGACGCCGCGUAAGUCCGCGCUCAAGGGGCCCGGCGCCGCGCGCAAACACGACUCCAUCAAGUUCGACCUCAGCAACCUCGAACCCGCUCCCACCAGCGACGACGAACUAACUCUACACUACUCCGACACCUCCAGCACUCAGUCGCCCUCCCCGAGAAAGGGAAUCCACUCUCGAAGCAGCAGGAUGCUGGAGAAAUCCCUCGGGACGUCCCCGGAUGUGUCUCGUAGAAGCAGGAGCACCCUCACCGCGGUGUCUCCCGAAUCUCCCCGCAGGAAGUCCAGUCGAGGCACGCUUAUCCUCCAGAAAGCGCUGGACGCAUCUCAAAGCGACGACGGCUACUCGCGCCGCACCACCAGGACCUUGACCGAUCGUAGCGCCGACGCGACAGUAGCCUCUGCUUUCCGCACCCGUACGCUAUCUCCGCGGUCCCCGGCUCAAAACCUGGAAACCUACUCCAUCGUCGACCUGGUGUCGAUGGACUCGAAUGAAUCCGGGAGAUCGACGUCGGUGUACAAUUCCGCCGGGUCCAUCGACAGCAGCGCCACCGCGUUCGGGACGCCUCAGAACAGCAUCGGUAGACGAACCAGGUCCACUAUCGAUCCCAGCACCUUGCUCGGGUCCAGUACGCCGUACGUCAAACCUACGAGAAGUUCGUCAUUGAAGUCGCAGGGUUCGCGGAAGAGUUCUAUCAAAAACUCCACAAACGUAUCCACGAGGAGCUCGGGCCCCGCUCGCCGAUCAAAGUCGUUAACAACCCCUGAGAAUUCUCGAGAUACUCAAAGGCAUAUCUCGGUCAACAGCACCCGGAUAUCCCGCGCCUCGAAGAGCCGGUCGCGGAUCAACGACACCGAUUUGAUGCUGAUAUCGUCGAGCGAUAUCUCGCAGAUGGAGGACGCCUCGCCGCUGUCGUCGAGACGCGUCAGUCAGAAGUCCCCGCAGAAUAGUCCCGCGCCGACUCGUAAAAGUUCCCGCAGGAGCGGCGGAGACGCCACGCCCGAUGGCAGCGAGAAGGAAAAUCAAGGUACCAGCACGCCGCAAAACAGACACAGCCCUGAGGAGGCCGGCACGCCUGUCCUCAGCAUCCAAAGUCUGCUAGAUUCGAGCCAGAGCUCCUUCGCUUCCCAGAACUCGUCCAGGAAGGGACGAGGCGGCUCCAAGCGCAAGACGAUCGGCGUCAUAAGGUCGCAGCCGCGCGGCCGGCCCGGGGUCAAGUCUAAAUCCCUGAGCUUCACGGCGAGGAGGGGUCUGCUGAGACUGAGCAAGGAUUCCUCGUUAGCUUCGGACAAAACUGACGAGGGCGCUCCGAAGCCUAGCAACGAAAAGAUGGUCACCCCGAAGAGCGCCGUCAAAUUAGUCCAGGAGGCGGUCAAGAACAAACACUCCACCGCGAAGAAGCCGCAGUCGAAGCGCUCGAUCAUCGACGACCUGAACGAGUCCGACAUCGUCAAGCAGCUGUUCAGCAGCCCCGUCAAAAGGAAGCUGUCUCAAAGCAUGACGGAGUUCUCGAGGAAGCAGCUGUUCGACGACGACGAUGACGUCGUCGUCAACAGGAGGCCAACGCGCAACACGAUCGCGGUGGCCAACCGGACGCCGGAUAACUCCAUCUUGGACCGCACGGAGCCGAUCACCCCCGAAGUCUUCGUCAGCCCGAUCGGCACGCCUGCCGACAGCCCCAAUCUAUCCGGAAUAAAGAGACUGUUCCGCAAGAAUACACCGAAUAACGAUCUCCGAAACGUUAGAGGAGUCAAAGGCUUGUUACGCACGCCUCGAACCAGAAGGUCUAUCAAGAACGACCUGUCCGACGUCGCCGGAAUAAAGCAAGUGUUCGCGAAGUCGCCCAAAAACCGCUUGAGUGACGUCAGAGUGAAGGAAGUGUUCGCGGAGGGACCCAAAAACGAUUUGCGACGCGUCUCGGGAGUGAAAUCUCUGUUCCGAUCGCAGAAGGAGCGCGCGUCGCCGAGGAACGAUUUGACCGACGUUCGAGGCGUUAAGAACCUAUUCCAAAGAAGCAGUCCCCGAAACGAUCUGCGCAGAGUGUCGGGUGUCAAGAAAACUAUGAGGAAAAAUUCGCCCAAAAACGAUUUGUCCGACGUGCGAGGCGUCAAGAAGUUGUUCAAGGGAUCAAAAGCGAGGAACGACCUGAAUGACGUCAGCGGAGUCGAGGAACUUUUCAACGAAUCGGGUCAUUCCGUGCCAGAAUCGGAGCGGCUGUUCGAUCAGCUGCUGGGCAAGCCGCCGAUCAAGGCAGUCUACUCGAAGAGCUUUGCAAAGAAGACUACGGCACCUAAAACCAGGGCGCGCGCCGCAAAGUCUUUGCACGCGUCGAUCGACGUCAUCACCAAUAACGUGGAGGAUUGGCUGGAGCGCGAGUUGCAGAAACGUCUGCACAAGGACGACGUGCCCAAGGCGGUGUCUAAAGAGCUUCAGAAGCUGAGUACAGCAACAGUGGAAGGCGCUGAACCGUUGCGGACCUCGCGCGUCCGUACUAGUACCGUGGCGCGGGCCGAAGUCUCGCACUCGCAGCGCAAGAAGUCCGCGUCCGAGUUGUACGGCGCGCACACGCUGCCGCUCAAGAAGCGCUCGCUGGCGGACGCGCCGGACACCGCCCCGGACGGCCCGGACGCGCCGGACAGGCUCAGCCUGCCGCUGAAGAAGCGCGCCGUGGUGCACUCCACGCCCGUCAAGGGCCGCGCGCGCACCACCUUGAAUGCCUCCGAGCUCGGCCGCGUCUCGCCCAUACAAGCCGCCGAUACUUCCUUGAGAUCUGAAUCAACAUUGGCAAUUUCGGAGCCGAAACCGACUAAAGCCAAGCGAACCACUAAAGCUGCCGUUGAAAUCGAAGCACCCAAACAAGCUGCGAAGUCCCCGCCCAAAGCCAACGCUUCGAAAUCUUCACCCAGGCGAGCUCCUGAGCCUCGCGCUACGCGAGCUCGCGGCGCCAAGGCCGACCGCUCGCAAACUCAAACCAAGAAACGACGCACAUCUCUAGUUAUCUCUAAAAAGUCGCCCGUCAUGAGCCCCAAACCCGCGCCCAGGACGAAAAGAGGAAAGGCCGAACCGCAGCCAGAUUCGCCGCUCAAACCCCAGCCGAAACAGACUCGAGGCAGAGCGGCUCAGCCGCCGUCUCCGAAGCCUAGCCCGAAGAAAACCAGAGGAAAAGCCACUCAACCCCAGUCUCCGAUUAAAUCUAGCCCCAAGAAGAGAGGCACCCGCAAACAGGAAGACAAACCGGCGACACCUAAACGACCCACCCGAGCUAAAGUGCAAAAAGCUUCGGUUGUCGUGGGCAAACCCUCGCCUAAGAUGAAGCCGCAAGCGAAAUCCAAAAGCGAAGCGAAAGUUACCAUGAGCGAGUCGCCUAAAACGAAACGGCAAGUCGCAAGUCGGGCUGCGAAAACCCAAGAUCAAGUCAAUAGUCCGCGAAAGUCACGCAAAACUGCGGCUAGCGAAAAAAGUGUCGAGCGAGUCGAAAUCAAAUCGAGACGCAGGAAAGUGGAAUCUCCCAAAAAAUCUCCGCAGCCGGCCCGGACGCGCCGGGCGGCCGAAAAUGAACCUAAGAGCAAGAGGAGCAAAGCCGUCAGCGAAUCUGAUAAAAAUCCCGAGCCGGAAAAGAAGGGGAGAAAAGGGCGGAAAACUCAAGUCGUAGAAGAAAAGCCUGAACCAAAGAGAACUCGUAAGACUCAGGACGAGUCAAAGAGGACGGUCGCGAAGGAGUCGCCGAAACCGAUUCGAUCCCGCGGCAGGAAGCUCGAGGCCCAGGAGAGCGUUCAGUCGGAGCCCCCGACGAGAACCCGGCGGGGGAAAGGCAGCGACAACGCCACCGUCAUACCCGAAGUCGCGUCUCGGAAGCGCAAAACCACCGCGGAGAACGUCAUACCUGCCAAAGUGACCAAAACCAGCGCCAAGGAGGUCGUCGAGACCAAGUCCCGGCGAGGGCGGAAGACGACCAUCGAGACCGUCGAGGUUGAGACGGGCAGCGUCAGGCAAAAACGCUCCGUAAUUAAAGACAGCAAGGUCUCUAUUAGCUCGCGCAAGAACCAGGACGGCAGCCGCGUUGAAAACGUGCGGACGGUGCGCUCGCGCAAGCUCGUGGUGACCGCCGUGGAGACCAGCGCCCCUAAACCGAAGGCCGCGAGGGGCGGGAAAGCAACUGCCAAAGAAAAUGAAACAAAAACCAACACUCGGAAAAAGAAGACUGAAUCAUCGCCUGCAAAACAAGCAUCCCCAGAGAAGCGUACGCGCCGCGCCGCCCGUCCGCAAGAAGAGACAACAAAAGCAACGGGCCGCUCACGUAGGAGAUAAUACAACUGACAUAGAAAAUCAAGUACAAAACUAUAAUUUAAAACGUGCAUUUAUAAAACGCCGUAAGAGUACAUAUUUAUGUUAAUUAACGUUUACUUAGUCUAAUUUAACAUCUAAAACGAUCCUCAGGAUAGCGUCCGUCUUCGAACGACGCACUGAAGCUCAAACAAACUGUAUACGGGACAGUAAUAUUUUAAUAGGACAUUUCUUUACUACUUAUGUAACUUGUCGUACAUGACAAUAAAACAAUAUUUUGCGAUGUUGAAGUUAAAUAGCAAUCAACUGUUGUAAUCUUUGAUGUUAAUGGAUAUUAAUGUUGUAUAUGAGAAAGGUUUUUAACAUACCGAAUUAAAUAUAGUACAUGUUAUGUAGAAGACUUGAAAAGUACAUUUUAAACUGUAUUAUGAAAUAGAUGAAGUUUUUAACUAGUUGGUAACACGCACUGCGUACUCGCAUUGUUGAGUUUACAUUUGAUGUUGUUGGAGUCUCGUCUCUAGACAGCAAUAAAUAACGGCUAUCUCAACAGUUGAAACUUAAGUUUGGUUUUAGACAGUUAAUUUUAAGAACCCAAAAAAUAAGUUUGAUUUUAUUUUAGACGCCUAAAAUAUUAUGUAGGGUUUUAGUUGAUAUUUUAGUGUUCAAUCUGUGUGAUUCGUAGUAUCAUGGGUUUAUUUUUAUUAUUUUAAUCGCUUUGUAUUGCUUUUAAUAUGCCAAAUUAGGUUCUGAUUUUUUUAAUGUGAUAAUAUAGAUUCUUGGUCUGCGUGCUAUUGCGCUAAUAGUGGUACUAUUUUAUAACGAAGCACAAUAUCAAUGCACACUUUUUCUGGUUUUUUAAACGGACAUUAUUUGUUUUAGUAUUUUGGAUAUUUUAGUUGAAAAUAGACAUUUCUUAGUAUGUAGUGAUGAUACAGUGGUGCUCGUGACGCACUCGAUCGCAUCAGGAAUUGUUCGCAGUGGUUUCCUGACACGAAUGACGUACUUUCAUUUCUUUAGAAACGGACAUAUUAAGCGAUCUUGACUUAAUCACAAGUCGAUAAAGUCUAAAAUUGCUUCAACACCGAUUUGAACUCUGUUUACUUUAAUGUUUCUUUCAGCAAAACACUGCGAAUAAGGUCUUAUUUUUGUGAAAUGUGAUGCCUUUUGAAGUGUUGAGCAUUAUAGACAUGCAACGGGAACAAAGUUUUUAUUUAGAUUACCUUAGAAGAGUUGACAGGUUUCAAAUUGAUAUUUGUAGGCAAGUUCUGGAAUUGCAAUUAAAUAAAUAUUGUUAAUAAAUAAAUAUAAUAAAUUGUGAGAUACAAAAUAA